AUGAGUUCAAUUAAAAAACGUCCAAGAGAUUCUUAUGAUAAAACUGAUCUACAAUCACAUACAACGAGAUUGAAUGAUCGUAUUAUCAAACAUCAAUUACACAAUUAUGGAUCAGCUAUUGAUGUAUACGAUGCAGUUGCACGAACAUUAUUACCUUAUUGGGAAUAUAAUGAACGAUAUAAGAUAAAAAUUUUUCAACAAUUACGACUUGAUACACCUGGUAUUUCUAAUAUGGCACAUCAUGUUCGUGCUCAAUUACAAACAUUACAUAAUGAAGAAAAAAAUUCAGUUAUAACAAUCUGUGGUAUUGAUGUAUCCAAUGGUGCAUCAUCAGUUUAUUUAGAAAGUUGUCCACAUGGACGAACAUUACAAAUAUUAACAAAUUUACUUGGAAUUGAAAUACGUCUUGUUACAUCAUAUAUUUAUGAAGAGAUUAUAUCCGUUAUACCAAAUGAUUUAUUAGAAAUACAAUCAUUGUAUAUUGCAUAUAAUGAUGUUUCAAAACAAUUUUUUAUGCUUGAUAAACCAGCAAAUGUUAAACGUGAUGAUUUAUUAGAACAUCAACAAAAAAUUGAUCAUCUUAUUCAGAAAUAUAAUUUAAUAGCAACUGUUAUAUCAACACCAAAUUCUCGUUGUUUAUCACUUUUUUUAUGUAUUGCUCAUAUAUUAAAAUCUAAUACUGUAGAUUUUCUUGAUACAACAGCAUUAGCUAUGCAAAUUCGUGAUGCUACUUAUCAACAAAUAAAAUCAAAUUUUGAUCAAUAUGAAAAAUAUAUUCUUCCAUCGGCAUCAAAAAAAUCAAAUCAUGUUGACAUACGUCUUGAUAGUCAAUGUCUUAUUGAAUCAAAUUAUUAUCGAUAUCAAUUAGAACGGCCAAUAUUAUUUGCAUUAGCUCAUGUUCUACAGUGUAAUUUAUUAAUGUUUUCAUCAUUAUCUUUAGAACAACAACCAGAAAUAAUUGAUAUUGAUAAUAAUAAUCAUUCGAAUGAUAACGAUAAACUUAUUAUUUUAAUUAAAAAUGAAUCGACACAACGUUUUACAAGUGCUCGAACAACGCAUCCAUUAAAUCAUUUAUUCGUUCGAAAAGAAUCUGACAAUCAUAAUGAUCCAAUUUAUGAAACUAUUGAUCAUUCACCAGUGUCUGAUACAAAAAAUAAAUCAAUAUUAACAAAUACAUUUUUUAGUAAAACAAAAGAUAAAUUUGUUACAGCUGUUAAUAAAUUAGUUGAUAAUUAUGGAAAUAUACCGAAAAAACAAACUUCUACUAAUAAUUCACAACAACGAUCAAAUAAUAGUACAAAUGAACGAACAAUACCAACAUCAUCUAGUGAGCAAAAGCCAUCAAGUACAAAACGACAAGCUCCCAUAGCUGAACAUAUUCUUCGUCAACAAGAAGAUACAACACGUCAUACGAACAAUCAAACACCUGAAGUAACAUAUGAAAAUACAAAAACAUCUUUACCAACACCAGUACCACGUCGAUCAUCAACAUCAUCAUCAACAAUAACUACUCCAACUAAAACUUCUCAACCUUCGUCAUCAAAUAAACGUCAAUUACGUGCUGUUCCUUACAAAGAUAGACAAACAACAUUAACAAAAAUGGGUACAGCAAAAACAACACUUAAUCAAAAAAUAUUUAAUGGUGUUACUAUUGAAGAUGUUGAUGAAAGUACAACUGCUGAUGAAGCCAAUAAUGAUGAUGAUGAUGAUUCAUUUAGUGAUGAAGCGAUGGAUAAUUUACAAACGGUUAUUCUCAAAGAAAGAAAGAAAAAAACAACAUCAGCUACCACAACACCAAUAAAAACAUCAAAUAAGUCGUCACAUGAUAAUCACACAAAAAAAUCAACACCUUAUCAUUAUGAUCAUGAUUCACUUAAACGACAACAACAAAGUCAUACGAAACCUGAUGAGGAUAUUUAUGAGAAUGAUCGACAACGAGAUGAUUUAAAUCGUGAUGAUGAUAUUUAUUUAUCAACAUCAGAUAUUGUUCAACAAGAUCGAAAACAACUUCAAUUAUUUGUUAAUGAUCGAACAAAUAAUAAACAACAAUCUUCAACAUCAUUAUCAUCAUCAAUACGACAACAAGAGCGUAAAACAU